AUGCCUUCUUGGAAUUGUUCGUAUUAUGUUGCCCAUGCACAUGCAUCGUGCGAAAGUUGCCAAAUAAAAAUGGUAUUGAGAACUUGGUUGAGUACCAUAAGUCUCCAUCACAAAUGUGACAGAAUUAUUCCAAUCCUUAUAUACCUUGCCUUUCUUUGGAGUUUGAUACCGCGCCUGGCUGUCGGCGCGAGGUGUUAUGAAUGCGACAUAACCCUCUUUGACUGUGCGAUCGACGCGGCCAAUGUUGAUGAAGAUUGCGACUCAGGCUGCUACACGACGAGAAACCACGACAACGUCCUAAUAAAGAAAGGAUGCGACACGCAACUAACGGCCGCCCACGAUCGAUCCUGCUGGGGCUGGGAGACGCACUACACUUGUAUCUGCAAGAACGAUCUCUGCAAUGACGAUUUUGGGAGUGAUACGGACUACCUCUACAUGUCAAACGAGCAACACGUCCACUGUGGAAGAAUUGUCAACAUUUUGCUGCCAACUGCUGGAGUUGUUGUUCUGUUUUUGUUGUUGAGAUUCCAAUGA